AUGAAAUGCGGCAAGAACAAGAUAUGGCUUGACCCGAAUGAAGUCAGUGAAAUUUCUAACGCCAACUCGAGGCAGAACAUUCGUCGUUUGAUCAAAGAUGGUCUGAUUAUUCGUAAGCCAGAAGUUGUGCAUUCUCGCUAUCGUGCACGUCUGUAUGAAGAGGCUCGGCGAAAGGGGCGACAUUCUGGUUACGGUAAAAGGCAUGGUACGAAGAAUGCUCGCAUGCCUGAGAAAGUUCUUUGGAUGAGACGCAUGCGCGUGCUUCGUAAUUUGCUCAAAAGAUACCGUGAGUCAAAAAAGAUUGACAGGACCCUUUAUCACGAGUUGUACCUACGCGCGAAGGGUAACAACUUCAAGAACAAGAAGCAUCUGAUGGAGUACAUUUUCCGAAAGAAGAGUGAGAAUAAGCGGGCCAAGCAGCUUGCAGAUCAGGCACAGGCUCGACGUGAUAAGAACAAAGAAGCACGAAAGAGAAGAGAAGAGCGACAACACGCUAAGAGGACUGAACUUCUUCGCAAGAUUUCGGAAAGUGAGAAGUUGGCUGAGCAAAAGUAA